UUGAGGUGGAGUUGCUGUUCGUCUCUUUCAUUAGGGAGUUUUAUACGUUAAAAGUGAGGGAAAAUUGUGCUUCAGUGAGGUGAAAAAAACGAGUGCAUUGUUUUGGCGCUGUUGUUGCUUUACGGAGGUUGCAAGAAGCGUUUUUCUAGUUUGUAGAGGCACUUUAUUUUAAACGAAAGGAAAAAUUUGACUGUUUUUAAAUUCCAAUGGCGCAGCGGAUUCUUCAUGAAGACCCAGAGAGGUAUCUCUUUGUGGAUAGGGCUUUGGUUUACAACCCUGCUACUCAAGCUGACUGGACUGCCAAAAAACUUGUGUGGGUGCCAUCAGAACGCCAUGGUUUUGAGGCUGCAAGCAUUCAAGAAGAGCGAGGUGAUGAGGUUGUGGUGGAGCUAAUGGAGAAUGGCAAGAAAGCUCUGGUCAACAAAGAUGACAUUCAGAAAAUGAAUCCUCCCAAGUUUUCAAAAGUGGAAGACAUGGCUGAGCUAACCUGCUUGAAUGAAGCAUCAGUCUUGCAUAAUUUGAAGGAUCGCUAUUACUCCGGUUUGAUUUAUACAUACUCUGGACUGUUCUGUGUGGUGAUAAAUCCAUACAAGAAUCUUCCCAUUUAUGCAGAACAAAUUAUUGACAUGUACAGAGGGAAAAAGCGACAUGAGAUGCCUCCACACAUCUAUGCCAUCUCUGAAAGUGCUUACAGAAGCAUGUUGCAGGAUCGUGAAGAUCAAUCGAUUCUUUGCACAGGAGAAUCUGGUGCAGGCAAGACAGAAAAUACUAAGAAAGUUAUUCAGUAUCUGGCUCAUGUUGCUUCCUCUCACAAAGGACGAAAGGACCACAAUAUUCCAAAGCAGCUCGAAUCGCCUAAACCAGUGAAACAUCAGAGUGGAACUUCAAUGUUGUAUGGAGAACUGGAAAGGCAGCUUCUGCAAGCAAACCCAAUACUAGAAUCAUUUGGCAAUGCCAAGACUGUGAAAAAUGACAACUCUUCACGUUUUGGAAAAUUCAUUCGAAUCAAUUUUGAUGUCACUGGCUAUAUUGUUGGGGCCAACAUUGAGACCUAUCUUCUGGAAAAAUCCCGUGCAAUACGCCAAGCAAAGGAAGAACGAACAUUCCACAUUUUCUAUCAGCUUCUUUGUGGAGCGGGAGAACAUCUUAAAUCUGAUCUGCUCCUCGAAGGAUUCAAUAACUACCGGUUCCUAUCCAAUGGGUAUGUUCCCAUCCCUGGGCAGCAAGAGAAGGACAACUUCCAAGAAACCAUGGAGGCAAUGCACAUCAUGGGUUUCUCCCAUGAAGAAAUCAUGUCAAUGCUGAAAGUGGCCUCUUCAGUACUGCAGUUUGGAAGUAUUGUGUUUAAGAAGGAAAGAAACACAGACCAAGCAUCAAUGCCAGACAACACUGCUGCUCAGAAACUCUGUCACCUGCUGGGAAUGAAUGUAAUGGAAUUCACUCGUGCUAUACUCACACCACGCAUCAAAGUUGGCCGAGACUACGUUCAGAAAGCACAGACCAAAGAGCAGGCUGACUUUGCAAUUGAAGCAUUAGCAAAGGCUACUUAUGAACGCCUCUUUCGUUGGCUUGUUCAUCGCAUCAACAAAGCUUUGGAUAGAACAAAACGACAGGGAGCUUCUUUCAUUGGCAUUUUGGAUAUUGCUGGUUUUGAAAUCUUUGAACUUAACUCAUUUGAGCAGUUGUGCAUCAACUACACCAAUGAAAAAUUGCAACAGCUGUUUAAUCACACCAUGUUUAUCCUGGAGCAAGAGGAAUACCAGCGAGAGGGCAUCGAGUGGAAUUUCAUUGACUUUGGUCUGGAUCUUCAGCCUUGCAUUGACCUCAUUGAAAGACCUGCAAAUCCUCCUGGUGUGUUAGCUCUGUUGGAUGAGGAAUGCUGGUUUCCUAAGGCUACUGAUAAGACGUUUGUGGAAAAAUUAAGCCAAGAACAAGGUACUCAUUCUAAGUUCCAAAAGCCAAGACAACUCAAAGAUAAAGCUGACUUCUGCAUUAUUCAUUAUGCCGGCAAGGUGGAUUACAAGGCAGAUGAAUGGCUUCUGAAAAACAUGGACCCUCUCAAUGACAACGUUGCCACUCUCCUACAUCAGUCAUCAGACAAGUUUGUAGCAGAAUUGUGGAAGGAUGUUGACCGCAUUGUGGGUUUGGAUCAAGUAGCUGGCAUGAACGAAACUGCCUUUGGCUCAGCUUACAAGACAAAGAAGGGCAUGUUUCGCACGGUGGGACAGUUGUACAAAGAGUCCUUGGCCAAACUAAUGGCAACUCUCCGUAACACUAACCCUAAUUUUGUUCGCUGCAUCAUUCCAAACCAUGAGAAAAGGGCUGGAAAGUUGGAUCCUCAUUUAGUUCUUGAUCAGUUACGCUGCAAUGGUGUAUUGGAAGGAAUUAGAAUCUGCCGCCAAGGUUUUCCAAAUAGGAUUGUCUUCCAGGAGUUUAGACAGAGGUACGAGAUUCUGACCCCCAACUCCAUUCCAAAAGGUUUCAUGGAUGGCAAGCAAGCCUGUGAACGAAUGAUUCAUGCUUUGGAGUUGGAUCCAAAUUUAUUCCGUAUUGGCCAGAGCAAGAUCUUCUUUCGUGCUGGGGUUCUCGCUCAUUUGGAGGAAGAACGAGACCUAAAGAUCACUGAUAUAAUCAUUCUGUUCCAAGCUGUCUGCCGUGGAUAUUUGGCCAGGAAGGCAUUCUUAAAAAAGCAACAACAGUUGAGUGCACUGAAGGUUUUGCAAAGGAACUGUGCUGCUUACCUAAAGCUCAGACACUGGCAGUGGUGGCGACUCUUCACAAAGGUUAAGCCACUGUUACAGGUAACCCGUCAGGAGGAAGAAUUACUUUCAAAGGAGGAUGAGCUGCUAAAGGUGAAAGCAAAGCAUAUAAAGGUGGAAGCAGAUCUUACUGCUAUGGCAAGAAAGCAUCAGCAGAUAAUUGAGGAAAAGAAUAUUCUGGCUGAGCAGUUGCAAGCAGAGACUGAGCUCUUUGCAGAAGCUGAGGAAAUGCGAGCACGUCUGGCUCAUAAAAAGCAAGAACUGGAAGAAAUCUUGCAUGACUUGGAGGCAAGAGUGGAGGAGGAAGAAGAAAGAAACCAGCAAUUGCAGAAUGAAAAGAAGAAAAUGCAACAGCAUAUUCAGGAUCUAGAAGAGCAACUUGAUGAAGAGGAAGGAGCUCGGCAGAAACUUCAGCUGGAGAAAGUAACAGCAGAGGCUAAGAUUAAGAAAGUAGAAGAAGAAAUCUUGAUGUUGGAAGACCAGAAUACUAAAUUAAACAAAGAGAAAAAAUUGUUUGAAGACAGACUUUCCGAGUUUGCAUCACAACUAGCAGAAGAAGAGGAAAAAGCAAAGAAUCUGGGUAAAAUCAAGAACAAGCAGGAGAUGAUGAUUACAGACCUGGAAGAGCGUUUGAAGAAAGAAGAGAAAACCAGGCAAGAACUAGAAAAAUCAAAGAGGAAACUGGAUGGUGAAACUACCGACUUGCAAGAUCAAAUUGCUGAGUUGCAGCAGCAGAUUGAGGAGUUGAAGAUACAAUUGGCAAAGAAAGAAGAGGAGUUGCAGGCUGCCCUGGCCAGAGGUGAUGAGGAAACUGUUCAGAAAAAUAAUGCUCUCAAGCUAAUCCGGGAGCUGCAGGUUCAGAUUUCUGAGCUGCAGGAAGACCUGGAGUCGGAGAAAGGUGCCCGCAACAAGGCGGAUAAGCAGAAGAGAGACUUAAGUGAGGAGCUAGAAGCUUUGAAGACUGAACUGGAGGAUACUUUGGACACCACAGCAGCUCAACAAGAACUGAGAUCCAAACGUGAGCAGGAGGUGGCUGAGCUGAAGAAAGCUAUUGAAGAAGAGAGCAAGGUCCAUGAGGUUCAAAUUCAGGAUAUCCGCCAAAGGCACAGCACUGCUCUGGAGGAACUGUCAGAACAACUUGAACAAGCCAAGAGACACAAAGCCAACUUGGAGAAGAGCAAACAGAGCUUGGAAAAUGAUAACAAGGAGUUGGCUGGUGAAGUUAAGAGUUUGCAACAAGCAAAGGCUGAAUCUGAACACAAAAGAAAAAAGCUUGAAUCUCAUGCACAGGAGUUGCAAGUUAAGUUUGCAGAAAGUGAAAAGACAAAGUCUGAACUUUCUGAUAAGGCCUACAAACUUCAGAAUGAAUUGGAAAAUGUAUCAGGACUUCUUGAGGAGGCUGAGAAAAAAGCAAUUAAACUGACCAAGGAUACUGCCAAUUUGGAAUCAGCACUCCAGGAUGCACAGGAACUGCUCCAAGAAGAGACACGGCAGAAACUGAACCUCAGCAGUCGCAUUCGACAACUGGAAGAAGAGAAGAACAAUCUCCAAGAGCAACAGGAGGAAGAGGAAGAAAUGAAGAAGAACCUUGAGAAACAGUUGGCUGCUCUCCACAUGCAGCUGGUUGAUGCAAAGAAGAAAGUGGAUGAAGAUGUGGCAACGAUAGAUGGCCUAGAAGAGGCCAAAAGAAAACUUCUGAAAGAUGUGGAAGCUAUCAAUCAACGCUUUGAAGAAAAAGCAGUCGCCUUUGAUAAAAUGGAGAAAACCAAAAACCGUCUACAACAGGAACUUGACGAUCUGUUAGUGGACCUUGACCAUCAGCGUCAAAUUGUCUCCAACCUUGAGAAAAAACAGAAGAAAUUUGAUCAGAUGUUGGCUGAGGAAAAGAGCAUUUCUGCACGAAAUGCUGAGGAAAGGGAUCGAGCGGAGGCUGAAGCUAGAGAAAAGGAGACUAAAGCCCUGUUGUUAACCCGAGCACUGGAUGAGGCUCUUGAAACUAAAGAAGAAUUGGAGAGACACAACAAGCAACUCCGUACUGAAAUGGAGGACUUAAUGAGUUCCAAGGAUGAUGUGGGCAAGAAUGUGCAUGAACUUGAGAAAUCCAAGCGGGCCUUGGAACAACAAGUGGAGGAGAUGAGGACUCAGCUUGAGGAGUUGGAGGAUGAGCUGCAGGCUACCGAAGAUGCCAAACUUCGUUUGGAGGUCAAUAUGCAGGCCAUGAAGGCACAAUUUGAGCGAGACCUGCAGGCCAGGGAUGAACAGAAUGAAGAAAAAAAGAGAAUGUUGGUUAAACAGGUUCGUGAGCUCGAAGCAGAGCUAGAGGAUGAACGGAAACAGCGGGCACAGGCGGUGUCUGCAAGGAAGAAGCUGGAGAUGGAUCUGAAGGAUCUGGAAGCACAAAUUGAGGCAGCAAAUAAAAGUCGUGAAGAGGCAAUUAAACAACUCCGAAGACUUCAAGCACAGAUGAAAGAUUACCAACGUGAGCUAGAAGAAGCUCGUGUUUCCAGAGACGAGAUCUUUGCACAGUCAAAGGAGAAUGAAAAGAAGCUGAAGAGUCUAGAAGCAGAAAUUCUACAGCUUCAUGAGGAGCUGGCCGCUUUGGAGCGAGCACGUCGCCAUGCAGAGCAGGAACGUGACGAGCUGGGAGAUGAAAUUGCAAACAGCACAUCUGGAAAGUCUGCUUUACUGGAUGAGAAGCGUCGCCUGGAGGCUCGUAUUGUCCAGUUAGAGGAAGAGCUUGAAGAAGAACAGAGCAAUACAGAACUUCUGAACGAUAGAUUCCGAAAAACCACAAUGCAGGUUGAAACUCUGAAUUCAGAACUUGCUAGUGAGCGCAGUGCUGGACAGAAGAGCGAAAAUGCACGGCAACAACUUGAGCGCCAGAAUAAGGAACUAAAAGCCAAGCUGCAAGAGCUGGAGGGAUCAGUCAAGUCCAAAUUCAAGUCAACAAUUUCAGCACUGGAAGCUAAGAUAGCACAGCUGGAGGAGCAACUUGAACAGGAAGCAAAGGAGCGAGCAACAGCUAACAAGUUGGUACGACGCACAGAGAAAAAACUGAAGGAAGUCUACAUGCAAGUUGAAGACGAACGUCGACAUGCAGAUCAGUACAAGGAGCAGGUGGAGAAGUCGAACUCGCGCAUGAAACAACUCAAGCGGCAGCUGGAAGAGGCAGAAGAGGAAGCAACCCGCGCCAACGCAGCCCGUCGGAAACUCCAGCGGGAACUGGAUGAUACCACGGAGACUGCCGAGGCGAUGAACCGUGAGGUCAACACUCUGAAGAGCAGGCUAAGGCGGGGUGGCACUGGUCUGACAUUCACCACUAGUCGAACCGGAAGACGUGCACUGCAGCUGGAGGGUACUGCACUUGAACUCUCGGAUGAUGACGUGGACAGUAAGGGUGGUGGUGAUCUUAAUGAAUCGUUAAACCAGGCAGAGUAGAGUCAUUCAUGGUUAACUAACAUGGAGCUCCUUUUCCUGAUCAAAGAGAAGCUGAAGAUUAGAAUGAUUACUGAACUGAUGAUUUCUGAUUCUUUCCUUCCUAUUUUAUUUUUUUAAAAAACAAGCAAGUUUUCAAGUAAGCCAUUGUCCUCUUGCAUCUUAAUUUACUUUUUAUCUUGCUGCACCCUACAUAUUAUAUCCCAAAUUUCCUUUGAUUAUCAAAUACCAAUUUGAACACAUUUAAAAUGUUGAACUACACCUAAACCCAAAUGAGAUCUGGGAGUUGGGGUGUAAUCAGAAGGAGCCUUAUAUAUUGUUAUGCAUGCUACAAGUACAAGUAAACAUGUAUUUCCAUAUAAUUCUGUGGACAAUGGCUUAGAAUUUAUUGAGUUGUUAAUCUGCAGCCAAUUGCUGUUUAAAGACCAAACUGUGAGCGUUGCUGGAUCUGAGUAAACAAGUUUUAUCGUUGUAAUUAUCUAUUAGGAUGGCAGUAUCUGGUGAGCAUCGUGUUCAAUGCAAGGACAGGCCUGCAUUGUUAGUGCCAACAUAUACUUUGAGUAACCAGGGACUAAUCAAUAACUCAAAUUUAGCUACACUGAAAUAUCCUGGAAUUACCAUCAGUCAUAAACCUGUGACUUAAUCUACUUGUGAUUUUUAAUGUACAUUCACUCCUAUCACUCCAACUUGCUGGAACCCUUUUCAGAUUGUUAGUGGGGAUCAUAAUUUGCACAAAUCAUUUUGAAGUACAACAAUUGGAGUUUAAUAGCUAUAUUGUGAUUAAAAUGUUCUUUAACUGUGUUUAGUGUUUGAACUGUGUUCUUGUGUUUUCCCAUUAAGCUGCUUACAUUUCGCACAUGAGCAUGAGUACUUCAGACACUUUUUUAAAAUGCCCUCUUCCAUUCCUAUUUAGUAAUUUUACCCCAAAUAUGGAUGAAAGUUUUUGUACAAUGGACCCAGAACAGAUUGGCCUUUCUAGUUGAUUGAUUAAAAUCUUUGAAUACUGUUUAGAUUAGCUGCUUUCCCACAAUCUGUUCCUAUGUAACUUCUUCCAAACAGUAUGCAGCUAAUGUUUUUUUGCAUAAGGGGUGAUGGACACUUGAUUUUCCAAAGUUCAUAGAGUAUUUGCAUAAGCCUUCAAGCUACCAGAUGCUGCAUGUUUCAAAGUCGAAAAUCAGUUCAUAUCAAUUUUUAUUCAAACAGGAGUUCCAUUAGAAUUUAUGUGAAGAGAUUUCAGAAGUGCCUUAGACACACGGCUUAUAAUUUGGUUACAAGAUCAGGCAUCACAGUAAAAACAUAUAAUACACUAUGCUGAGUAUGUAACCAUUAAAAUGGUUUUCUAUUUUAUGCAGCUGUGCUUCAUGCCUUGUAAAAUCCCUGUGAUCAGAAUUUAUAUUGGGGGUUAACAUGGUGUUUUGAAUAUGUACCUUGAGCCUUCUGUACCAUGCAGGAAUUUCUUAAUAUCUUGUUUAAAACUUUUUAACAUCUGAAAUAUUUUUCUGUACGAGCUGUUGAUCACUAGGCACUGUCACUCUCAUACCUUGUAUACCUGUAUUUCUAGACAGCUAUACUGUUCAAUAAAAAAAUUCUUGGAAAGCAACAAUUUUUUUAAGAAAACAAUAAAGUUAAGUACAACAUUU